AUGAACGCUCCCGCUCUCCUCGUCCCCCUCCUUUUACUUUACCUCGACGUAUUGCACAGCUUUGCAACCAACAGGGCGGUCUUUCCAAGGAAUCCAUUCUCGUUGUUCUCGUCACCCAACAGAAAGAAAGCCGCACCUGAACAGCUCCCCCAGGGGAAGGUUAAGAAAUUGAAGGAGAAAAAGAAGAAAAAAAAAAAUAGCGCCCUGGAAAGGCUGCUCCGCGAGCAUGCGGAGAAGGUGGAGAAGGUGGAAAAGAGAGACGUGUCGGACAACCCUAGUGUAGACGUCGACAAGGAAAUCCUUCAGGGGAAGAGAAUACCAAGGCUAAGAAUUAAAAACACAAAUAAUCAUAUUUAUGCGACAGUAGUGGAUGACUACAGGAGACAUAUACUCUGCUUUUCUUGCUCGAGAGACCCAAAUUUAUCACAUGUGCUAGGCACGUACAGAAAUAAGACAACCAAUAGAGUUGUGAAUAAUGGGAGGACUAUUAAAUCUGGGUGGGAAAUUGGGAAGGACAUCGCAAGGAAGGCCUUAAAUAAAGGCAUUUUUAAGGUAAGAUUUGAUAGGGGGAAGUUCAAGUAUGCCGGGAAGGUGGAGGCGUUAGCUGAGGGGGCCCGCGCCGUGGGGUUGCUGCUGUGA